UUUGAUCAUCCUUGGUUUAACAUUGCGCUGCGCAGAGCCUCCCAUUCCCUCGCCACGGAUCGUCAUGCUGGCACGUCGAGGACGUGCUUGCACGCGCCAUAGCUCCCUAUGGAGCGCUGCCAAUGAGGUGUUGCGUCCAUCGACUGCUCCACGAAGUGCUGCAUUCCACGCUCUACGAAGUGGCAGCUCGAGCUCGAAUCUGUGGCCGACGCUCUCGACGUUAAACCGCUCAGCGUUGACGUCACCGUCGCCUCUGGGCGCACGGUUCCUGUCUCAAAACCUCAUUAACCCUCACUACGAUGAAGACGUUGAGGUAGAAGCCAAGGACAACGAAAUUAAGGAACAAAAGCAGCGAGAGCGCAAGCCGCCGCGGGACACGCGUCUCAUCUCGCUGGAACGACUAGAAGACGAGUACAUGAUGCGCCUAACCGAGGCGCUGGAGACGUCGGAUGGAUCAGCUGCAUGGCGCACGGCAUUAGACAUUUUCCACGAGAUUCAACACGCCAAUGGACGUGGGCUGGGACUCGAAGUCGCCUCGUUUCUAGUGGAGGUGCUGGGUGCCAGAAGACGCAUGCAGGACUGUAUGCGUGUACUCGCAUAUGCGCGUGAGCAGGGCGUCCGCCCGCGUAUCCAGUCGUACUCGAGUGCUAUCGGCUGUUGCUAUAAGGAGGAAGAAUUCAGCCACGCAUUGCGCGUGUUCGAGGUCAUGCGGAAUGACGGGUACGUCCCUCAAACCGUGACCUACUCGCACGCGCUGUCGUCGGCACUCAAGGCCAGUCAGCAUGAGCUGGUGCUUGAGAUUUUCGACGAUAUGAUCAAGAACCGCCUGGACCUGAACAUCAUUAUCUACAACAACAUACUUAACAGUUGUGCGCGAGCAGCAGACGUGCAGAGCGCGCUGGGAGUGCUGCGCGCCAUUCGCCAGCGUCGACUAGAGAUGACGCAGGCCACAUACCAUUCGCUUGCUAUUUGCGCCGGCAAGACCGGCAAGUGGGAGUUGGCACUGGAUGCGAUGGACACCAUGCAGCAGAACGGGUUCGAGCCCACACAGACCAUCUUCAACUCGGUCUUCUCUGCGUGUGCCAAGGGCAAGCAGUGGGACACAGUAGUGGAAGUGUAUGAACAGAUGCCCGACGACCUCCGUGAAAACCUACGUGGCGUAUACCUUGGUGCGGUUAUUAUGGGUCACGCUAAGGCCGAGAAGGAGGAGAUCAAGCUGCGUGGACUGGAGAUUUUUUACAAGUACAAGGAGCGCCGAUCCAAGGAUGACCAGCUCAACUUAUUCUCCUAUAACGCCGCUCUUAUCGCUUUACUGGAGACCAACCAGCUUGAAAAAAUGCAUCCGCUAGCCAACGAAAUGAAGAAACAGGGGAUGAAGUGGGAUACCGUGACCUAUCAGUGCAUCAUCCUGUCGUACAUUCGCGGCGGCGCAGUGGAGACUGCGGUGCAAAUGCUGCAGAAGAAUGCUAAACGCAUGGGCAAGACCACCAUGUGCUACCGUGAAGCCAUCAAUUUCUACGAUGAAAAACGCAAGAACACUCGCGAGGCCGUGCGUCUUACCAUGCAGAUGAUGCAGAUGAACAAGCGUCUGAGUCGUCUUGACUGGCAUAACGCCUUGCGGAUUGCGCUGCAGCUACCCGAGCGCGCGCCGUACUGGAAUUUCCGCAAGUGGAUGGACAUUCGCGCCAAGAGUAUCAUAAAGGGCGUGCCGCCGCACCUCAUGCUGCCCAAGCACGCGGACCAGCAGCGUUCACUCCUGCAAGAAGACGCGUCGAGCGAAGAGGAACCUGAGAAGAAACAGCAUCAGACCAAUUAUCAUCCGCGUAAACGCCAACAGAACGGCAGGAAGCCUCAUGUCGAUCAAGAAAAGUUCCUGUAAGACGUUACUUAAGUAGACCAUUUGCCUAUAUCCCGUAACCAGCUUUGUCGCCUGUUGCUUUCAUCUAUUUACCAC